AUGGAGAAUAUGAGGCUGAUACCCAUCGUUCUUCUCGUUCUGUUCGUCGGCUCGUACUCAUCGCACCUCGCGCCUUCAAUUCUGCCGGCCCGACGUGGUCUUCUCGCCAAACCCACUCCGCCUUCUAAAACUGCACAUGGCCGCGACGUCAACGUUACCACCGCUCCAGUGACUCCGAAGGUCGUCGCCGCUGCAACUAAUGAUUCCGAAUCAAGCGGGUCGACCGCGGAUUUCAACAACACGUCAAGUGUUUCAAACACUGAAGAGAAUUCCGCCUCAACUCUCCCUCUGCGUGCUCCUGCUCAUCACGUUGACGAUAUUGGCGCGGCAGAGAAAGACGCACCCUUGAAGGGUCUGGGCGCGGGCGCUGCGGGCAAGGGCGCGGUGGAAAAGGGCGCAGCAGGCAAGGGCGCAACGGGCAAGGGCGCUGCAGGGAAGGGCGGAGCGGGAGCUACCGCAGCGGGUAAGGGCGCGGCGAACAAGGGUGCAGCAGGCAAGGGCGCGCCGGUCAAGGCCGCGGAAGGCAAGGGCGCGCCAGUAAAGGCCGCGGAAGGCAAGGGCGCGCCGGGGAAGGUCGCGGAAGGCAAGGGCGCGCUGGGCAAGGCCGCGGAAGGCAAGGGCGCGCCAGUCAAGGCCGCGGAAGGCAAGGGCGCGCCGGUCAAGGUCGCGGAAGGCAAGGGCGCGCCAGUCAAGGUCGCGGAAGGCAAGGGCGCGCCGGGGAAGGUCGCGGAAGGCAAGGGAGCGCCGGGGAAGGUCGCGAAAGGCAAGGGCGCGCCGGGCAAGGGCGCGGCGAAGAAGGGCACAGCAGGCAAGAGCGCAACAAACAAGGGCGCGACAGACAAGGGUGCAACGAACGCACAGCACGCCGCGCCACCUCACAUGGCCGCGCCGCCUCACAUGGCUACGGCUGAGGAUGUGACAAUUCACACCCUGAAGACGGCAUCGAACAAUCAUCCUGCUGGGUCGAACGCCCAGCGCGCCGCGCGUCCUCAUAUGGCGACGGCUGAGGACGUGGCGAUUGUUCACCCGGGAUCAGAAAAGGCGACGGCGAAAGCCGCAACAGUGGCUCCGAUGCGAGCGGCGGAGGGAGAAGCGCGUCCUCACAUGGCGACUGCUGAGGACGUGGCGAUCCACACCCUGAAGACGGCAUCGGAAAUUCAUCCUGCUGCGUCGAACGCACAGUCGCACCAACAAGUCGCGCGUCCUCAUAUGGCGACAGCUGAGGAUGUGGCGAUCCACACCCUGACGACGGCAUCUGCGAGUCAGAGCGCCGAGAAUCAGCCUGCUGCUUCGAUUAUGGGAGCAAGCAAGAAACCCGUGCGUCCUCACAUGGCGACGGCUGAGGAUGUGGCGAUUCACACCGUGAAGAAGGCAUUGAGCAAUCAUCCUGCUGGGUCGAACGCCCAGCGCGCCGCGCGUCCUCACAUGGCGACAGCUGAGGACGUGGCGAUCCACACCCUGAAGACGUCACCGGGCAAUCGUCCUGCUACGUCGAACGCACAAUUGCGCCAACCCAGCGCGCGUCCUCACAUGGCGACGGCUGAGGACGUGGCGAUAAUUCGCCCGGGAUCUGCUAAGACGACGGCGGCAGCGACUCUGCGCGCGGGGGAGGGAGAGGCGCGUCCUCACAUGGCGACGGCUGAAGACGUGGCGGUUAUUCACCCGGGAUCAGCAAAGGCGUCGGCGGCGGCGGUGGCGCCGAUGCAAGCAGAGGAGGGCGAGGCGACUCAUGGCUCUGGCAAGGGAGCAUCAUCCCGCGUGUCUCGCUUCAGCAACAGCCGUGGCUGGGAGCCGCGCAGCAAUCAGCGCACUGGGCUGGACAAGGCACAGCAGUUUCGCAUGGCGACAAGCAGCGAUGUGGCCAUUCACAGGAGCGGGACACAAGGUGUGGGGAGGAACCGCGGUGGGAAUGGGCUCAACAAGGCACCGCAGUUUCGCAUGGCAACAAGCAGCGAUGUGAUCCUGCCCAGGAGUGGGAAUCGAGGCACCGCCAAGGGAGCACCCUCCCGCGUGUCUCGCCUCAACAACAACAAUGUCUGGGAGCUUGAGGACAAUCAGCGCACUGGGCUGCACAAAGCACAGCAGUUUCGCAUGGCAACAAGCAGCGAUGUGGCCAUUCGCGAGAGCGGGACGCAAGGCGAGAGCCGCGGUGUGAACCAUCAGGUGGCUGGGUUCCAUAAGGCACAGCAGUUUCGCAUGGCGACGAGCAGCGAUGUGGCCAUUCACAGGAGCGGGGUGCAAGGCGCAGACCGUGGUGUGAACUAUGGGAAUCAGAGGCUGGGUGCACAAGCUGAGGGCGGCGAUUGCGAUGGUGACAACAACGGCAGCGACAACGGCGUUGACAAUGGCAGCGGCAGCGGCAGCAAUGGAGGAGGAGGGCCGAUAGAUAUCGACGCGAUCCUGGAGGUGCACAACGCAGCGCGGCGGGAGGUGGGGGUGGCGGAUCUGGCGUGGGACGACGGCGCGGCAGCAGCAGCGCAAGAGUGGGCGGACCAGCUGGCGUCCAUGGGGUGCCCGCUGCAGCACGGCGGCGCGGAGGGGCUCGGGCAGAACCUGUACUGGCGCGCGCCGGCCGCGCUGACCCCCGAGGAGGAUCGCAUGGCGGUGCAGGCGUGGGUGGAUGAGAAGGCGGAUUGGACUCCCAGCCCCGUGCCCGAGGGGUGCGCGGAGGGGCGGAUGUGCGGGCAUUAUACGCAGGUGGUGUGGGCGGGAACGACCCAUGUGGGGUGUGCGUCGGUGCAAUGCCCUGAUGGAGGUGGCAUGUGGGUGUGUGAUUACUCGCCCCAGGGGAACAUCAUUGGGUCCACUCCGUUCUAG